AUGUCAACGUUUUGCGCAGACGGUCUUAUUCCGGCGAGAUUUUUAUGUCUCGUGGCGCAUUUCAUUAUGCUCGUCAUGGCGUUAAAUCACAGGGUAAGAACUAUACAGUUUACGAAAUGUAAUUUUUCAAUUUCUCGUAAUAAAACCGAAUUGUUCGCGUUGGUUAAAUGAGCAUUUACAUAUUGUGUUUUCCAUAGAAAGGUAUACUUAGUGUCUAAAACUAUUUUAUUAUUUAUUCGCCGUUCGUUUCAAAUAUUAUUUUGGUCUCGAAAUUUCAAACUGAUAACGAUAUAAUUUUGGUAAACUUCAAAUAGAUUUUAUAAGUGACAGCAAGUGAAGCACUUUCUCGUUGGCGAUUUUUCUAUUUUAAUGAAUACAAUAUAUUUUAUAUAGCGGUGGUUAUCAAACUAUUUAAAGGACGAAGUCCUUUUUAUGAAAAAAUCAGUCGCGGUGCCCUGCUAUAUUAUGAACACCACAAGGAACAUUAAUAGAAAAAAAAGGACAAUCUAUAAUUCUCAAUGAUAACCAAUUAAACAAAUUCGAACAAAUAUUACAAGACGGAAAAACCGAAAAACGGAAAAAAUGUAUACCUAAAAAUAUAAACCCCCUAGGUGCACAGUCUGAGAACCGCUGUUUUAUAGUAUAUUAUCAAUGACAUAUUUCAUAUUGUUUAAUUAUAGAAAAAUGUGUAGAAGUAUUAAAUAUUUUUAAAUGUUCAAAAUAAUUAUUACCCUUAACAGAAGUUUGAAAUCAACAAAUAGUGGUGUUCCCGUAGAGUAUACUACAAUACUACGUAUUAAAAUAGUAUGUACACGCCGUAAACUAUCCGCAGUAUAAAUCACGUGUAUAAUACUUUCAAAUAGUUUUUCAAAAAAAAAAUUAAAAAAUCGUUACGAUAUAUCGUCCGUUCGCACCAGUUAUGCCAUUUAAACCGUAAUAGUUUGUUUAGUUAUAGUUAUUUAGUUAAUAGUUUGAUAUUGAUAUAAUAUAAUAUUCAAUUAAAAAAAAAUCCUUAGUAAUAAAACGUCAAUUUAUUGAAAUCAAAAAUAAGUUUAUUCAAUUUUUAAUUAAUAUACAAUAACGCGAAUAAUUAAAUACACGACAAUAAAAUUGUACAAAUAGCAAAUACUAUGUACUAUAUUUAAACUGUAAUUAUUUUUUUCUACGAUUUUAAAAUCUCUUAUGACGCUUUUAAUGCGAUAUCCGUUUGCAUACAUUUAUCACCUAUAUACAAAAUAAAUAGCGACAUUGGCAUGCCGUGAGUACAGAUUAUUUGAAAAUAACAAAACACAAAAAAAAAUAAAUUCAAAUCUAAUGAGUUCAGUAUCGAGUCUGUAACAACAUAAUAGUAUUGUAUUGAUUUAUCGAGUGUAGUAAUGACUUAAUCGAACGGAUUAAAAUGUGUUGUAUUGUUUCAUUAUAAAAGUUUAUCUGUGUCAACAGCGAAAAAAAUAACAAAAACAAAAUAAAUAAACGAUUCUCUUGAAUCAUUUUUUUUUCCGAUAUAUUUACCAAACACACACCUAUUAUUCCUGCUUACGAAUAGUAUUAUAUAAUGUAAAUAAAUAUCUUAUUUUUUUAACAACAAUACAACACAAUAAUAAUAUUGGUAUGUGAUUUGUAGUUUCUCAUGCUCAUUCGCUAGUCGGUUUUUCCUUUUAUGAUUUAGAGACUCAAUCGACUAGUUUCGACAAUUAUUUCGUGAGUAAUAAUAUUUCGUGUUUGAAACGUGGGAAAUGGGAGACAAAUUACUAAUAAUAAUAAUAAUAAUAGCAAUAACGAAUCCUCGGGGGUCUGCGAAAAUUAACGAUAAUUUUCUACAUCAUUAUGUUAUGGUAACUAUACGCUGUGGUCCGGUUUAUUGAAAAAAUAUCGUUUCAAAUACAUGUUUCAAAUUUAAAAUCGGUUAUACGAAUCUGCGCGAUUAGACCAGAUCGGUUAUUACUGCAUGCACAGUUUAAAUUAAAACUGUACAAUAUUAUUAGCGUCCAUCAGUGUAGUUAUACGCACUGUCACGGCAUACCAACGGCGAAUCCAUGGCGGGAGGGGAGUACAGGAGUUUUGCCCUACACUCCAGACUAUAGACUAUACAAAAGUUUUUACUUCCACAAAUAAUUAAUUGUAUAACACAUAGAUAUACACGAAAAGAUUUUCAAGGAAGAUCAGCGGAAAGGAGCAAUGAAUUUAUUGAUUGGACUAGUAUGAUGUAUUUUAGAUUCUGAGUGGAACGAGAAAUGUAUUGGUUUUACAAUAAUGUUUAUUUUAUUAUGUUUUUUUUUUUUAUUUUUUUUUUAUGUGAACACUUUUUCUACCAAAAAGCAUACGCCGAUUAUCAACUAUAGCACUUUUUCUGAAAGAAAAUGUUCUCUAGUAGUACUUUAAAGAAGUCAUCUUUCGGAAAUUCUCAUUAAUAUUCAAGAUAAUGAGGAAAACCUCGGUCUUAAGGUUAAAAAAAAUUAGAAGAUUAAAAAUAAGGUUGUCAUUGGCAACCGUUUUCAUUUAUUUUUUUUAUUAUUAGGUUUUAUUAUUUGAAUAUUUUUUAAACAAUCAUUGUCGUCAUAAAAACGCACAUUGUUAUAAUCAUUUUACCAUAAUGUGACAUAUACCAUUUAUUGUAUUGUUAACAAAGCAAUAUUAUCAACUGAACUCCGCUAAGAAUCGUUUUUUCGUUAACAAUGGUUUAUCGUUGCUUAAAGAUAUACAUUAAAUUCCUGUCUGUAUCCUACCUUCCCAAUUUCCCACCUACAACAGUGACUCACCCCCAGUAUCACCUCUCUUUUUUUACUUAGUAAUAAUUUAUUUUAAGAAGCCCACCCAAAAUUCAACUCUGGAUCUGCCACAAUGGCAUACAUUACAUACCUCUGGAGCUACACAUUUACAUACACAUAUAUAUAUAUAUAUAUAUAUGUAAUGAUAUGUUAUAAAAACAUUAUAACUUUGUGUAAAACAAACAUUUUUUUCCACGAGUUUAGAAUUUUAUUAAUACUCACACGUUAUUUCAUCAAGGCUGGACGAGUUUACAAAUGUUGAACGUUAAGUUCGCUUUAACGUUAUAUUAACUUAGAUUUUAAUCUUUUAUUUUUUUGUAAACUCGCCUUAUUUUUUGCUUCUAUUGAAUUAAAAAAUACCGACUCGAUUUUGAAUUGCACUGCGUACUAAUAGUAUUAAUAGUACUUACGUCUUUCAGUUAAUUCCAUCUAUUUGAAUUAAUAUACCCCAACUAUAGACUUUUCUGGAAUAUGAACGCCAUUGAUUUUCAAAUAUAAUGUUUAACUCUCAGUUGAAUCGUUUUCAUAAUGGAAAUGACAAUUAUUUAAAAAAAAAAUAAAUAAAUAAAUAAAAUAAAACUGCACUUAAGUGAAAAUUUUAAUUAAAUUUUCAAAUCGAUUUUAAACUUAUCCUAAUUAAUUGAUAAAACGAUUAAAUAUUAACGAUUUAACUUGUUGACGUUUAGAUUCUGAACGCAACGAUUAUAGGUUUUACUAUGUAUGAUGUAUUUUUUAUUUUUUUGUCUCUGUAAACAACAUUUUUACCAGAAAUCUUGCUUCGAUUUUGAAAUGUUGUGUCUUUUCUGAAAGAAAAUUUUGCUUGGUUGAUAAACCUACUAAUAAACUAACAGGUUGGAUUUUUAUUUUAGUUUUUCUAAUAACUGGUGAAAAACGGGAAAAUGUAUGAAAAUGACGCGGCUUCAUUGUUUUCGGUUUUUGUUUCUUUGUUGUUAUUUGGUUAGCAUAAUCAUACAGACCUGACAUUUUCACAGAAUAAUUUUCUUAACGUGGUAAAAUAUUUAAAACAUUCUGUCGAUUUUCGAACUAUUUAUAGGCAUUUUAAAUUUUCGAGUCUUUUUAGUUUUCAUUUGGUAAAAAGUUGAGCGUAAUAUAAUCGUUUUUUAUAUAUAUAUAUAUGUAUAUAUAUUUAUGUAUACUCAUUUAAAGUUUAAAUGUUUACAUAAGAAUCAUAAAAAUUACCGCAUUUUAACACUUGUUUAACCGACCUUUGUUCAGAAUCAGGGGUGGAUUGGCCCACUGUGAAAAUCUCGGUGUCCCGGCGCGCCACUUAUAUAUCAAUGAAAAUGGGCCGAUGACAAAUACUGCUAUUGGCUAUUGUAGAUAAAUUUAAAUUCGUGUUAACACGAAUAUUCAAAAUUAAUAAAAAAAAAAAUACAAUAAUACUUUAUUUUAUACUUAAAUCUCGUUUAAAUCAUAAUAAAUUAUCAUUUGUAUUCCUAGACCACUUUAUUCAUUAGCAGCAUCACGCGUUCGCGUUAUUAACUGACCACCACCUCUAGAACUUGAAUAUUAUUUUUGAGUUUGACUCAUAGCUGAUGCUAUCAACUAAUAUAUUUAUUAAAUUAGUACCUAAAAGUUUAUCGUAGGUAGUACAGUGAAAUUUUGUUUAACUUGUCACUAUACAUUCUGUUUUUGACUUUCCAUUGUCACUUAGCAUAUAUGUAGUACCAAUCUAUUUGGAUUUAAAUUCUCGAGUUUAGGCACGUACAUUUUUUCAUAUUAUAAUUUUCAGUAUACAACUAUUUAAAUAACAACAGCUUUUAUUAUUAUUUAUUAAUUUAUAAUUAUUAUUGGAUACCUAUCGUCGAAAUGUACAAAUACUUUACGGCCAUGUACAUUUCCCCCUUCCUAAUUUUAAAAUAUGACAUUUUUCUUGGCCCAAUCGUUAAUAUCCCGUUAGUAUUGGAUAGUAAAUAAAAUUUUUUUUUUUUUUUUUAAUUCACUGAGAGGGCUGAAUAAAUGGUCAAAAUUGCUGAUUUUAACAAUUUCCUAAUUUUUCUUAGCCCAAUCGUUAGUAGGAGGUACUCCAUAAUUAUUAGGUAGGUAGUAAAACAAAAAUCAUCGUUAAUAAAUAAUUGGUUAUUUUUAAAAUUAGAAUAUGCAUGUAGGAUCUUGGAUAUGAUCAUGUGAGUCGUUAGAUUCUAUUUUUCCAGGCCGGUCAGAUCAUGCCUGCCCGUGCCUGCUCAGAAACAUAUUGUUGCGUACAGAUAUAUAAAUUAAAUUACUCUAUUUAAUUUCUUACCUUCUCGAAUUCUCGUCAGUGGCACAUCCAACAUUCAGUAUCAGCUCUUUUUUUCAAUUAACUUGACUUUUAGCCUAGUAUAUAUUAUAUUAUUAUUCACUAAUUUCCCCAGCUUUGUAGCUAUAGGCAGACAAGUAUCAUUAUAUACAGAAAUAUAAAUAUUUGUCUUCUUUUAUUUCGAGUUUAGAACUUAAAAACACAUUUUAUAAAGCAUAAGAAGACCUCAUUUACACCUAUUGGUAGCAAAUCAUCUAACGCGUCGGCUGUUUACACAAAUUAAGUUGACAACGUUAAAAUGUAAAUCUAAUUAAUUAUAACCGAUAGAUACCCUUGUACAUAAAAAACCGUGACUUAUUUUAACGUGUGUUUGGACAUACUUUUAGCGAUUUUAAGUCGAAAACGCGCAUCUCUAAUGCAUUGUAAUUUAUGAACAAUCCUAACGGUUAUACAUUUUCAUUUAAUUAUGUAUAGGACAUUUAUAUUUUUUUUGAAAAAUCAAAAAAUGGAAAUUGUAUUCAGAGAUUUAAUUUCGUAUUCUGAUUAACAUUUUUAACGAGUACUUAUAUCCACUCAAUUUUUCCAUAAAUUAUUAUAAUAUUCAUGACAAUACUUAUCUGCGAAAAAACCUAAUUUAAAAUAAAAAUUAUUCAAACAUUAAUUCAAAUCACGAUUUUGGAGAAUGAACUAUUUAGUUUUUUUUUUUUUUUAACUGAAUACUAAUUUUUUCGAUUCUUAGUGUAACGAAUAAGCCAUUAUAUAGCUUUACUUUUUUUUUCUUAGUAAAAAUGCCCCGAAUUUCUAAACUCAUACAUUUUUAAAUAAAAUGUAAAUAUCUUAAAACAUAAAUUUCGAAAUGAUGUGACGCAUCGACGCGUCGAUUUUAUUUUUAUUGAUUUCUGCGUUACCUUGGCUACAAGGGAAAAACACGAUCAACACAAUAAUUUAUUCCAAUAUAUACUCAACUGAAAUUUUUUUUUGAUUGAAAUGAACUAUCGUUAAUUUCUGUAUAAAAAUCAUAUUACCGUAUACAUUUCAAACUUCCCGCCUACUAUAUAGUGCCUACCCAUGGUUUUUUUUACUUUAUUACAUCGCACCUAUAAUUAUCGAGGUUAUAAUUUUAUUGACAAACAAAACGUCUGAUAAAUUAUGAUAACAAAAUUAAUUUAUUACGGUUUUUCUUUUUUAUACUUCAAAUGCUAUAAUUAUAUAUUUAUAUUGUUUUAUGUUAUUUGGACUCAAGCCUGCGUCAUUAAUAAUAAAUACAUAUAAUGUCCUUAUUUAUUGUCGUGUCAUUAUUUAUACUAAUAGACUAAUAGCCAAAUAACUUUACAGUUUAUAAUAUUAUCACAUAUGAAUGGGUUUAAACAAUAAAGAAUAUCAUAUUCUAAACGUCUUCAUUUCGUGUCUGUCCUAAUUUCUGUAAUACGACAAAUUAUCGUUUUUAUUGAAAUGUUCGUCAGAUUUAAUAAAUAAAUGUGGUUCAUAACUUGCAGUCCGCUAAACUACCUUUAGCGCACUGAAAUAAAUAAAUAAGGCAGAUGGUGGUGGGAUAAUAAAAUCAAUUAGGGAUAAUAUCCGGUACCCGCAGUAAUCGAAAUCGAAAACCAAGAGUUAAAUCAAUAAGUAGUAAAAUUAAAAAAAAUGUCAUCAGUAAAUCGAGGUGGUCCGCGGCCUAUUGUAAGCUACCCAAGUGGUCCGCAGUAUCAAAAUGGUUGAGAACCACUGCUAUAUACAUAUCUAUUUACUAUUUUUCAAAUCGUCUUAUCAAUUUACGGAGCAUUUGUCUUUUUUUUUUUUAUCCACGAGAGAAAAAUACCUUUGCUCGAAAUAUCCUUCUGGCUACGCCACUUUUAGGUACUUUUAAUACUUUAUUUUAUAUUAACAUUUUGUUUUUAUGUAUUAUAACCGAUAAUCUAUUCAGGAACAAAAUGUAAAAGCUUGUCUACCGUACGAUUAUGACAACGAUCUAUACCUGGAACAAGACAAAAGGUAAUUUCGAAUAAAACAAUACAAAUUAUAAUAUUAUGGUACGCGUCACACACACGCAGCGUGUCGCAGUGUCACGUACCGAGUAGUAGAAAAUCAGUAGAUAUACGUAUUAUAGGUACUUACCUAUAUAGUUAGUUUUUGUAACAGUAUAGCACGUUGUUAUUGAUUUGAUUAUUUGUUGGUUUUUUUUUUUUUUUUUUAUAUGCCGUAUAAUAUAUAUUAUUCGUUUGUUGUUACACAAAUCACAAUAUUUAAUUUUAAAUAGUUUUUAUUGAAAAAAAAAAAAAACCCCCCAUGGCCUUAUCACUUCAAAUGAGUAUCUAUACUGGCUAUAAUCGUACAUAAUCAAACACGAACCACACACGCAAUACUUUCAAGUAGUUUCAACGGCUUCAAAUUAAUUGAACAAUUAUUAUAAACUGUUUUAAGUAUACAUCAAUGCCCUGAUAUAGACAGAUCGUAUAGGUAUAGGUAGGUAUACAAUAUCGCGUCAAAAUCGAUUAAAUUGUUCAAGAAAAACCGGAUUUAAAACACGAGUUGUAAAUCACUAUAGGUAUAUUACUGAUAUCGUUUUGUUCGAUUUUAGAAAAAGAAAAAAGUAGGAACUAAAAGUGUUCGGUCUUUACCUACGUCGUAGUGUGUAUUGGAUACGAGCAUCCGCGAAAUAAUGACCGAUUUCGUCUUAUUUUUAUGUCUAAUAAAAAUUGUCUUUUUUUUUUUUUGUACUAUAUAAAAUCACAUUGAAAAUAUAUAAAAUAUCCGCGUACAAUAUAACAUGUCAAAAAUUUGAAUUUUUAAAAGUAAACAACGUAUAACUACAAAUAAUUUCCUAUAAUUUACUGUCAUGUUUGGCAGCGUAUAUCACUGCAAUAAUGGGAGAUACGAAAAAAAAAUGUUAAGAUAUUCCAUGUGUAAUUGGGUAAAAUAAUAAAAUCAAAUUUAAAAUACUUUAGUAAAUAGAAAAUUAUUUGGAAUAAAACGUGAUUGAUUUUUAAAAAAAAAAACAGAUAAUUUGCACAUUUUAGGUUUAAUUGCGUAUGUUGGUUGAUAGCACAAUAAAAUAGCUUUAAAACAAAAUGAAAAUUAAGUUAAAAAGUUGACAAAUUUUUAAAAUACAUAAAAUAAAAAAUGCUUAAAGCCUAUAACUCAAAAAAAUAAAUUUGUUAGACAUCGCCCUUUUAAAGGGGUUUCUCCAUCAUUUUUGGUAUACUUUCAUAUGACGCCGACCGAUGACUCCCCCCUCCCCCCCGGGAAACAUCGUAUAUAGAAAAUAAUAGUAAUAUUAUAAUAAUCAAGUCGAAUCAAAAUAGAUAAUACACAUUACAUAAUAGGCAAUUGUUUUUUUUUUUUUUUUUUUGUAAUCUGACACAGGUAUACAAUCGGAUUACCCCGACGGUAAAAUAAUAUUUUUGUAUUUUCACAAAGUCGGAAUAUAGAUAAACAAAAAAAAAAAUCUGAAAAACACUAAACUUCUAUCAACACUCAUCAUCCAACUCGCCUCAAACACGGUUCUCGCGGUAACCCGCCUAGGCGCUUAAGACGUAAUCGGUACCGCGACUAAAUCACUUAAACCUACAAUCUUGUUACCGGGUCUCUCUACCAUAAGACUCCUGUCACGCCACUCGCUGUAUUUUUUAUAUUUUUCUGUCCGGUAUAAAAAUCUCUUAUCAUUGUACUAUUUUAUGUGUGGAUUGUAUUUUUUUUAAAUAUUCAAAGAUUAAAAAAGAAAUCGGGCGUACUUCACAUGAUGAGUGAGCCACUGUUGUGUGUGAGAAGUUGGGAAUGUUAGAUAUAAAGGGGAAUUGAAUGUAGUUUUGUUUGCAACGAUUAAUCAUUGCUAACGAAAAACGAUUCUGAACGGAGUUUGGUUACACAAUAUGUUCUAACGCCGUAAUAUUUUCGAUUUUCGUCAACAUUUGAUAUUAUUAUAAAAAAGAAAAUAUAAACUGCAUUAAACUCAACUUUUUCCUGUUGACUACUAAGUUCAUCUUAUAAUGAACCUCCUGUUCAAUUUUCAAGUUUCUAAUUACAACAACAACAAAAAAAACAAAAUUGAAAAUUUAAUAAAAAUAUUAUUUUCGUAAAUUGUUCCAUUAUUCGUACGUUUUUCCUAAUUUUUCCUAAAAAAAAAAAUGCUUGAAAAAACAAUGAAUAACCUUCUCGGGCGAAUUACCUUUCAGAAAAGGCGCUACACUUGAAAAUCGAACCAAAAUUUCUGGUAGAAUUUUUGUACACAAUAUAAAAAAGAAAAAAAUAAUAACAAUCAUUGUAAAACUUAUACAUUACUCGCUCCGCCCAGAGUCCAAAACAUACACUCGUCAUACAUUUCGUCGUAUUCUAUUCCGGUUUAAUUCUAUUUACAGUUUUGAGGUUUUUUUUUAUACACACGCAUACACGUUUUAUAUUUUUAUUUUUAUACGUUUUCAUACGACGAACAAAGAAACGCACUCGCGUAUUAUUGUACAUUUAGCCCUGUACAGUAACGUGCAAGUCACAAUCAUAAUAAUAUUGCAUUUGAUUGUUUUUAGAUUGGCACGCGCGCUUUGAAAUUUCACAUGUACGCAAAAACACACGUCGUUCACCUUUCAUUAUUAAUUAUUGUCGCACGCGCAGUAUUCUAGAUUCGUAAUAAUUAUGUUCAAAAAAAAAAAAAAAAAUGUCCGAAACGAUUUUUGCACAAAACAUAUUAUUACAAUGUUCUAAAAAAAAAAAAAACACCUCUGUAUUAUUUUCCGUAGGUUGAUGAUUGGUUACACGCUUUCGAUCGGUUUCAUCGGAAUCGAAAUGUUCGGAUUCAUGAGCGGUAUAACAAUGUUUUCUCCUACGAACGGUUUUAUAUGUAUCCUUUUCUCGUCACGAGCGUUUCAAUAUCCGAUUGCACAGUCAGUGCGUAUACUAAUAUAAUAAUGUAUACUUGUAUUGUUUCAAGGCGCUUUAUUAUUUAUUAUAAAAAAAUCAGAAAAAAAAAAAAAAAUGUUUCCGGUAUUUUUUUUACCUUAACCAACUGUAUUGCUGCAGCUAUGAUGUGUCACGGCGUGGCCACCACGAUGAUGUUCUAUUUUCUUCAAGAUUUAUGGAGUUGCGAGAUGUUUUGGUCCGUGUUUUUCAUAUGUAGCAUAUUGCCGUGCGCUAUCGAACUGAUCAUGAUAUGUUAUUCGUUUAUAAUGAAAAAAUGA